AUGCCGGAUAUACCAACUCCACGUAUGGGGUCUGUCAACACGCCGGCUACUCCUACGACACAAGCGACCUCAACACAAUAUCACAUAUCUCCCCAUACGCCGGAUAUACCAACGCCAGGUAUGGGGUCUGUCAACACGCCUGCUACUUCUACGACACGUGCGACCUCAACGCAAUAUCACAUAUCUCCCCAUACGCCGGAUAUACCAACGCCACGUAUGGGGUCUGUCAACACGUCGGCUACUCCUACGACACGUGCAACCUCAACGCAAUAUCACAUAUCUCCCCAUACGCCGGAUAUACCAACACCACGUAUGGGGUAUGUCAACACGCCGGCUACUCCUACGACACGUGCAACCUCACAAGCACAGGAUGGUACUUACAUAACGUAA